GUGACUCCAUUAACGACCAUCGGCUUAUAUAAGAAACAGACAAAAGACAAAUGGCGAAGAAAAAGAAAAAGAAAAAAAAUUGCAGGAAAAACUUUCGAACUUUCUCUUCCAAGUUGAAUCCAUGGAACUCACAGUUCUCUCGUCUUUCUUUCCAACCACUUAAAAUCAGCCCCCACUCUCCCCUACACAGAUGCCAAACUAUCGUCUCCUUUGUCGGCCAUUUCUCCUUCGCCGAAUGAGCUCUGCUUUUUGUUCUUCCCUAUAAUAAUCUCUCCCAAGAUCUCUCCAUCCUCUUGUUUUGUUUUUUAACUUUAAUUUUGGAGCAGAAAAGGCUUGGUUGGAGAAUUUGGGGUUUCCGCUGGUGGAUUUGAUCAGUAUGUAGCUGAAUAUAACAUGAAAAAAGGGGGGGAAUGAUUUCUCUCUAAUUUAUCGCUAUUUUCAGAGUGCCAAGUGUUCGAUUACAGCCGCAAAGUGCUGGAGAUUUUGAUUAUUUUUCUUUCUGCCCUUUAUUUUUUUCCUGCCCAAUUCAUAAAUUCGGCGUUUUCCCAUUAUUCCGCGCCCUGAAUUUUAAUCUCGAUCUGUCCUUUUUCUUUGAUUCAUGAGUUCCAUCUUCUUCAGCUUCUCGUCAGAAGAUGUGAGUUGGAAGAAGACAUGGCGGAAUUGCUGUGUUUGUUACCCCCUUUUCGACGAGUGAUGGCUGUGAGGUUUGUGCUAAGUUGCUGGAUCUUCAUGUAGUUUUGGUGGAGGCAAUGGUUGUUAAUAUGGUUACAGAUGUUGUCAAGUCAAGGGGAGGAUUUUUAGUAAGGUUUUUUGGAUUUUGGCUUUCAAUCACUCUUCUCUUUUGUACUACACAAGGGUUGAACUUAGAAGGGCUGUCCCUUUUGGAGCUGAAAAAGACUUUUAAGGAUGAAUUUGAUAGUUUGAAGAACUGGAAUCCCACGGACCAGACACCGUGCAGUUGGAUCGGUGUGAAAUGCACUGCUGGUGAAGCUCCGUUCGUAUGGUCACUCAACUUGAAGUCGAAGAAUCUUUCUGGAUCUCUAAACCCUGCUAUCGGUAAAUUGAUUCACUUAACUUAUCUUGAUCUCUCUUACAAUGAGUUCACCGGAAAUAUUCCCAAAGAGAUUGGUAAUUGUUCAGGUCUAGAAUACCUUUCUCUUAAUAACAACAUGUUUGAUGGGAAAAUCCCACCUGAAUUGGGGAAGCUUUCUUCCUUGAGGAGUUUGAAUAUUUGUAACAAUAGACUAAGUGGUUCGAUCCCUGAAGAGCUCGGGAAUUUAUCAUCACUAGUAGAGUUUGUGGCGUAUACCAACCAGCUCACCGGCCCGUUGCCUCGUUCUAUUGGGAAUCUCAAGAAUCUGAGGAGGUUUAGGGCUGGACAGAAUACUAUUUCUGGAAGCAUACCUUCCGAAAUAAGUGGGUGCCAGAGUCUUAAUAUGCUUGGCCUGGCUCAAAAUGAGAUAGGAGGGGAACUACCAAAGGAGCUUGGGAUGCUUUAUAACCUAACCGAGUUGAUUCUUUGGAAUAACCAGUUUUCUGGUAUUAUUCCUGAGGAGCUCGGGAACUGUACGAGCCUCGAGGUUCUUGCGCUGUAUGCAAAUGAGCUGGUUGGCCCCAUACCCAAGGCAUUGGGGAAUCUCAGAUUUCUGAAGAAGUUGUAUUUGUACAGGAAUCAGCUUAAUGGGACCAUUCCAAAGGAAAUUGGUAAUCUUUCGCUGGUUGAAGAAAUUGAUUUCUCAGAGAACUCUUUAACUGGUGAUAUCCCCUCAGAGUUAAGUAAGAUUAAGGGUUUGCGCUUGCUUUUCCUCUUCAAAAACCUGCUGACUGGUGUUAUACCAAAUGAAUUCAGCACCUUGAGUAACUUGACACGGCUCGAUCUAUCGAUUAACGAUCUUAGAGGACCUAUACCAUUUGGUUUCCAAUAUUUCACUAAGAUGGUACAACUGCAGCUUUUUGAUAACUCUCUCAGUGGUAGUAUUCCUUCAGGGCUCGGACGUUACAGCCGGCUUUGGGUAGUUGAUUUUUCAGUAAACAACCUAACCGGGACGAUUCCUUCUCACCUUUGUCAUCAUUCUAAUCUGAGCAUAUUGAAUUUGGAGUCUAACAAGCUGUAUGGAAACAUUCCUCCUGGAAUCCUGAACUGUAAAUCACUGGUGCAACUUCGUCUCGGCGGGAACAUGCUUACCGGGGCAUUUCCAUCAGAGCUUUGCAACUUGGAGAACCUUUCUGCCAUUGAAUUGGGCCAGAAUAAAUUCAGUGGUCCAAUUCCGCUGGAUAUUGGAAGAUGUCUACAGUUGCAAAGGCUUCACAUUGCGAACAAUUUCUUCACAUCUAACUUACCAAAAGAAAUUGGAAACCUCACUAAGUUGGUCACUUUCAAUGUUUCAUCUAAUCGGCUCACUGGUCAGUUACCACUUGAAUUUUUCAACUGUAAGAUGCUUCAACGACUCGAUCUCAGCCACAAUGCCUUUACAGGCUCUUUACCGAAUGAGAUCGGUUCCCUUUCGCAACUGGAGCUUCUCAUCCUUUCUGGAAAUAAGUUCUCAGGAAACAUACCUGCAGGACUGGGAAACAUCUCCCGUGUGACAGAGUUACAGAUCGGCGGUAACUCAUUUUCUGGUGAAAUUCCAAAGGAGUUGGGCUCCCUUUUAAGCUUGCAGAUUUCAAUGGAUCUCAGUUACAAUAAUCUAACUGGGAGAAUACCCCCAGAGCUUGGAAAACUUUAUCUUCUGGAAGUUCUCCUUCUCAAUAACAACCAUUUGACUGGACAAAUUCCUACCGAGUUUGACAACCUUUCUAGUUUAUCAAUCUGCAACUUCUCCUACAAUGACCUUACCGGGCCGAUACCUUUGAUACCAUUGUUUCAGAACAUGGGCAUCGAUAGCUUUACGGGCAACGACGGACUUUGUGGCGGACCUCUUGGUGAUUGCAAUGUGGAUUUUUCUUCUCAUACUACACAAUCGGAAAGUGCAAAUACGUCACGUGGUAAAAUCAUCACAGGAGUUGCUUCUGCUAUAGGUGGGAUCUCUCUCGUUCUAAUUGUGAUUAUUUUGCAUUACAUGAGACGUCCACAUGAAUCUUCUUCGAUGCCGAAUAAGGAGAUGUCGUCCUCUGACUCGGAUUUUUACUUACCUCCCAAGGAGGGAUUUACUUUCCAUGAUCUGGUUGAAGUCACAAAUAACUUUCACGACAGCUAUAUUAUUGGAAAGGGUGCUUGUGGAACAGUUUAUAAAGCCGUGGUUCAUACCGGACAGAUUAUCGCAGUUAAGAGGUUGGCAUCAAACAGGGAAGGGAACAACAUUGAGAACAGUUUCCAGGCCGAAAUUUUGACCCUCGGAAAGAUAAGGCAUCGAAAUAUUGUUAAGCUUUAUGGAUACUGCUACCACCAAGGUUCCAAUCUGCUCCUUUAUGAAUACAUGGCAAAGGGUAGUUUAGGGGAACUAAUUCAUGGGUCCUCUCGUUGCUUGGAUUGGCCAACUCGGUUCACGAUCGCUGUUGGGGCUGCAGAAGGUCUUGCAUAUUUGCAUCAUGACUGCAAACCGAAGAUAGUUCACCGAGAUAUCAAGUCGAAUAAUAUUCUUCUCGAUGAUCACUUUGAAGCCCAUGUUGGUGAUUUCGGUCUUGCAAAAGUGAUUGACAUGCCUCAUUCUAAAUCGAUGUCAGCAGUUGCAGGAUCGUAUGGAUACAUCGCUCCUGAAUAUGCUUACUCUAUGAAGGUUACAGAAAAAUGUGACAUUUAUAGUUUUGGGGUGGUUCUUCUUGAGUUGUUAACUGGGAAAACUCCUGUACAGCCAUUAGAUCAGGGAGGGGAUCUUGUAACAUGGGUGAAAAAUUUCAUCCGCGACCAUUCAUACACGUCGAGAAUAUUUGAUUCUCGGUUGAAUCUUCAAGACAGAAGUAUCAUCGAUCACAUGAUGGCGGUACUAAGAAUCGCUUUAAUGUGCACAAGUAUGUCUCCUUUCGACCGACCAUCUAUGCGGGACGUUGUGUCGAUGCUUAUAGAGUCUAACGAGCAAGAAGUCAAUUUCAUUCCAUCUCCGGAUUCCGACCUUCCCCUCAAAGAUAAUACCAUAUGACAGUACAGUAUAAUCCAUUAUUGGAAGUUUCAUCAGAUGCCUAAAGAUUGCUAGUUACUGAUAUGUUCCCCCUGAUUUUUUUACAGGAAAUUGAUUGGUUUCAUAGUUUUCUUCUUCUUCUUCUUCUUCUUCUUCUUCUUCUUCUUCUUCCUUUAGAAAAAUGUCCAUUGAGUUAACUUAUCAGUUAUUGGGGCUGGGGGCAAUUGGGUAAAGAUAGGUAUUUUCUCCAAUUCUGUAUUUUUGUGAAAGAAACUAAAACAGUUUUUAUGUACAGUUGGUAAUACCAUUGUUCUGUAUGUAAAACAUCAGUGUUAUCAAUAAAAGUAAAAAAUUCUGUCA